AUGGCCGAAUAUGUUGCCCCUGCUGUUGUCAAAAUUGUGGCAGACCAGGCAAAGGAAUACGCAUCACCCUAUUUCGGUUACUUUUUCUCUUAUGAAAAGAUUGUUGAAGAUUUCACGAAUCAACGAGAAGCACUUAAAUCGAGGAAACAGAGGGUGGACACUCAAGUCGAUGAGGCUAAAAGGCAGACUGAGAUCAUCUAUGAUGACGUUGACAACUGGCUUACAAGCGCUGAGGAAGAACUGAAAGAAACCCAGAACUUGAAAGAUGAAAUAGAUCGCGUCAAGUGUUUCAAAUGGUGUCCUAAAUGGGGCUGGCGAUAUUCCUUAAGUAAGAAACUGGCAGAGAAGAUUCCUAUGAUCUCUAAACUUUUAGAGACUUCUAACUUUGAACAGGUGGGCUAUCGUCGUCCUCUUCAAGGAAUGGAGUUCAUCACAUCCACUGGUUUCAUGGAAGCUGAAUCUUCAAAAUCAGCUUUCAACCAGAUCGUGGAGGCUAUAAAUGCUAAGGGUGUCAACAUGAUCGGACUGCACGGAAUGCCAGGAGUUGGUAAAACAACUUUAGCCAAAGAAGUUGGGAAGCAUGCUCGAGAACAAAAACAUCAACAAAAUUCAAGGUAA